UGCUUUUGCAUUGACUGUGUUUGCCUGUCUCACCUCUUAUCCCUUCCUCUGGCAAUCCAUCUUUUAUAUAGAGACUGAGAUUGUAUUCUUAAAAUUCAGAUCUAAAUGUCAUUCUUUUAAAAAAAGUUUGAAGGCAUAUAAAAUCAGCAGAGGCAGUAAUGCAGGGGAUAAGAGAUUGGCCUCUAGAAUGGAGGCCAGACUGCCUCAAUUGGAAUACCCACUGCAGCACUUUGCAGUCUUUGGCAAGUUCUCAGUCUUCUUGAUGUGUACUGUAUAAAAUACUGAUUAUAUUAUCUGCAUUAGGCUUGCUGAGAGGAUUAAAUGGGAUGUAUAUUAUAAAACCUUUAGCAGUGUCUGGUACCUAAUAGGCUGUUAUUUCUUCCCUUCAUAUUACUACCAUUGCUGUUACUGUUAUUGCUAUUACUAGGUCAUGGCUAACUUCAUCAUUUUCUAUCCUGUUUCUCCACACACAUCGUCAGCCACUGCCCUUCAUUUUGUAUGACCUGGUGAAGGCCGUCUGUUUGCUCGUCCCUGAAAAGGUCAUGGUUUUUCGUGUUGAUGACUCCCAUUUUUAUUUCUCUGGCCCAGAAUUUCCCUGUACUUGAUCUCCACUUGGAAAUCUGGUUGGAAUCUCAAGCAUAAUAUUAGCCAUGUGACUAAAUUGUAGCUCUUUGUUCCUCUUUCUAAACCUUUUUCGUCUUUCCUCCCUUUUACCCAGGACCUGAUGUCUCCCAGCCUUCCCCAUCUCUUAAGUUUUUGGCAGUGCUCAAGCCCCAAAUUUAAGGAAUUGCAUUUUCUGAAAAAGAAACAGAAGCGUUUUCUGCAUGGAUCAUAUCUAAGUGCACUUUUUGCUGAAUGCAUCAUUUCUGAAUAUUUUCAGCUGUAACCCUUGGACUAAAAGCCGAAAUACUCAAAACUGUGUACGAUGCAUUAGGGUAUUGAAGAAAAUUAAUUUCUGAGUCAAAUUUUUGGAAUAUAAGGAAGGAAAGGUAACUGAAAAUGGGGCGGAAGAAAAUACAAAUCACACGCAUAAUGGAUGAAAGGAACCGACAGGUCACCUUUACAAAGAGAAAGUUUGGCUUGAUGAAGAAAGCCUAUGAACUUAGUGUGCUCUGUGACUGUGAAAUAGCACUCAUCAUUUUCAACAGCUCUAACAAACUGUUCCAGUACGCCAGCACUGAUAUGGACAAAGUCCUUCUCAAGUAUACAGAAUAUAAUGAACCUCACGAAAGCAGAACCAACUCGGAUAUUGUUGAGGCUCUGAACAAGAAGGAACACAGAGGGUGCGACAGCCCAGACCCUGAUACUUCCUAUGUGCUAACUCCACAUACAGAAGAAAAAUAUAAAAAAAUUAAUGAGGAAUUUGAUAAUAUGAUGCGGAAUCAUAAAAUCGCACCUGGUUUGCCUCCUCAGAACUUCUCAAUGUCUGUCACUGUCCCUGUGACCAGCCCUAAUGCUUUGUCCUACACUAACCCAGGGAGCUCACUUGUGUCCCCGUCUUUGGCAGCCAGCUCGACAUUAGCAGAUUCAAGCAUGCUCUCUCCACCUCAAGCCACAUUGCAUAGAAACGUAUCCCCUGGAGCCCCGCAGAGACCACCGAGUACUGGUAAUUCAGGUGGGAUGUUGAGCACUUCAGACCUCACGGUGCCAAAUGGAGCUGGAAGCAGCCCAGUGGGAAAUGGAUUUGUAAAUUCAAGAGCUUCUCCAAAUUUAAUUGGAACUACAGGUGCAAAUAGUUUAGGCAAAGUUAUGCCUACAAAAUCUCCCCCUCCUCCAGGUGGUGGCAAUCUUGGAAUGAACAAUAGAAAACCAGACCUUCGAGUUGUCAUCCCCCCUUCAAGCAAGGGCAUGAUGCCGCCACUGUCGGAGGAAGAGGAAUUGGAGUUGAAUACCCAGAGGAUAAGCAGUUCUCAAGCCACUCAACCUCUAGCUACCCCGGUCGUGUCUGUGACAACCCCAAGCUUGCCUCCGCAGGGACUCGUGUACUCAGCGAUGCCGACCGCCUACAACACUGACUACUCACUGACUAGUGCAGACCUGUCAGCCCUACAGGGCUUCAACUCCCCAGGAAUGCUGUCUCUGGGGCCAGUGUCAGCCUGGCAGCAGCACCAUUUAGGACAAGCAGCCCUCAGCUCUCUGGUUGCUGGAGGGCAGUUAUCUCAGGGUUCGAAUUUAUCCAUCAAUACCAACCAGAACAUCAACAUUAAGUCAGAACCAAUUUCACCUCCCCGGGAUCGAAUGACCCCAUCAGGCUUCCAGCAGCAGCAGCAGCAACCACCGCAACCACCACCACCGCAGCAGCAGCAGCAGCAACAGUCACAACCCCCCCAGCCCCAGGCCCAGCCCCGGCAGGAAAUGGGGCGCUCCCCUGUGGACAGUCUGAGCAGCUCAAGCAGCUCCUAUGAUGGCAGUGACCGGGAGGAUCCGAGGGGUGACUUCCACUCUCCGAUUGUGCUUGGCCGACCACCGACCACCGAGGACAGAGAAAGCCCUUCUGUAAAGCGAAUGAGGAUGGACGCAUGGGUGACCUAAGGCUUCCAGGCCGGUAUCUGUAAUUUGUGUUACUGCAGUGAACUGCCCUACAUAUCUAAAUUGGUAAAUAAGAACAUGAGUUAAACAUAUUUAUAUGUACAUACAUAUAUAUCCCUUUACAUAUAUAUGUAUGUGGGUGUGAGAGUGUGUGUGUGUGCGUGUGCGCGUGUGUGUUGCAUACACAGAAUCAGGCACUUACCUGCAAACUCCUUGUUGAUCUGCAGACGUGCGUCCCGUGGCAAACAAAGCACCCUGUAGGCAGUCUAGUCUGGCACUUCCUCGGACUACUUGUUUCAUAAGAUAACCAGUUUUUGCAGAGAAACGUGUACCCGUAUAUAAUUCUCCCACAUUAGCUUGCAGAAUCUAGAGGGCCCCCUACUUGUUUUAUCUAACUGUGCGGUGACUGUAGUUACUUAAGAAAAAUGCUUUGUAGAACAGAGCAGUAGAAGAGCAGGAACCAAGAAAGCAAUACUGUACAUAAAGUCAUUUAUAUUAAUUACCCAACCUGGCAUGGGUCUCUAUUGCAAAGGGGUGCAUGGGAAAGGGCUGUUGAUACUAAAAACAAAACAAUAAAAACAAAAAAAAAAAAAACCCACAAAAAACCCCACAUAACUGUUUUGCACGUGCAAAAAUGUAUCGGGUCAAAGAAGUGAUCUUUAGCUAAUAAAGAGAGAAUAGAAAACACGCAUGAGAUAUUCAGAAACUACUAGCCUAGAAAUAUAGAGCAUUAAAAAAAUAAAUUAAUAUAUUAAGUUAUAAUUGGAAUAUGUCAGAAGUUUCUUUUUACAUUCAUAUCUUAAAAAUUAAACUGAUUUUAGCUCAUGUAUAUUUUAUAUGAAAGAAAACACCCUUAUGAAUUGAUGACUAUAUAUAAAAUUAUAUUCACUACUUUUGAACACAUUCUGCUAUGAAUUAUUUAUAUAAGCCAAAGCUGUAUGUUGUAACUUUUUUUUAAAGAGAAUAGCUUUAUCUUGUUUUAACUUUUUAGUUUUAUUUUAAGAGGGGAAACAAAAAAUAUCUUGCAAGCAGAACCUUGGAAACAAAAAGCCAUGAACACUUACUAUUCUAUAUGUAAAUUAAAAGUUGAGCCAAACUCUUUACGUGUAUAUAGCAUCUUCAAUAGAUUAUCACCUUUGAUGUAAGUACCUAUGUAUUGUAUGGUCACCAGAUUAAAAAGUAUAUUUUUGUGGAUUGCCGCCAAUUUGGGAGGAAAAGGCGAGGUCCUUAUUAAGUAGAGUAUUCACUGUUUAAUAUUUACUAUUUUGUUAAAUAUACUGUACUUUGGAUUUUAAUUAUUAGCCCAGUUUUCCAGAGGAUUGUAUACAGGGGUUUCUCCCCUCACUGGUGGUGAGUGUGUGAUGUUACAUUGUACUCUUCGUGCUGUAUGGGUUGAGCAUCAUUAUAUAUUUUAUAUCUGUACAUAAAUAGCAAAGUGGCAAGAAAAAUUGGUGUUAAGUUCAUCCUGCAUAAAUAUAAAAUGUGUUGUAAGAUUUUAUAAGGCAUUAUCUAAAACUUGCCUUUUGUGAGGAAAAAAAGUAUAGUAGAAAAAGCUGACCUAAUUUAAUAUUAGAGAAAAUGGCGAAAUAGUAGAUGAGCACAAAGGUUUUAUAAGUGGUAAAUGAUUAGAGAAAACGAAGCAUGGGGAAGGGCUGCUUCUUCCUGCCCCUCUAAAAACACGAUGCGGCUGGGUAGCAAACCUCUGGCACAGCGCGCACUCCGCGUGGAAGCGACGCAGCCGUGUGGGGAGAGAAACUCAAGUGAUGCGAGUCCCUGGCACAACUCUUGCCACCCUGCUGGGGGUUGCCACGCCUCAGCUAAAUUCUGAACAAGGCCUUACUCUUCCGGAAGGAUGACCACGUGGUGGUAGCGAGGGCCUACGUCUCCUGGGCUUGUGCCAUGAACAAAAUUCAAAGUCACGUAUAUCUAAAAAUCUAUGAGGAGAGAUUUUUAAAUACUCCUUUUCCUGAGAAAAUAGGGGUUUAAAACCUGCUGCUAUUUUAUAUUUUAAACCUAAUAUCGAGCAGCUACCUAUAAUUUUUUACAUUUGUUUUCCCCCCUAAAUGACGUUCCUUUUGACAUUUUUAUCAUACGCUGUUUGUGACAAAUCAUCAGCCAGAUUUCCCGACUGGCACAUGGGUAUUAGGUACAGGAUUACCUGUGACAUUCACAGCUGCAAAAUGGAGUUUUGUUUUAAUGACAGUUUGGGUAGGAAAUCCUGACAGAGGGUCCCCCACCCCCCAAAAAAACAAAAAGAGGGUGAUAGGCUUUCUCCUCUUUUCAGUCUAGACAUUUGGCGCUUAUUCAGAAAGGAUUUGCUUUUCUUUAAAAUGUACUUCACUGAACUACUUGCAGGCACAUUUCUUCAGGUCUCACCUAAUUGAAACAAGACAGUCUCCCGACACUGAAUCUCGAAGAUAAUCCUUACCACUUCGUAAACCAUUUAUAGCUUUGAAAGUGUUGAGUGAUUCUUUGUUAUUUAUGCAUGUUCAUGAACUUCUUCUGCUGUGCAUUGGAUAGGAGUUACCACAUUCACAUUUACUGUCUAUUUUCUUGUGUGCCUUAUGAGAUGGCUUUUCUGACUGUAUCUCAAUAGUCUUUCUUUCUAUGCAGGUUUAUAAUCAGUACAACUACUGUUUUCUAAAAUACUACACAAGGCUCGGAGUUUGUAUUUCAAUUACACUGACCAAGUAACAAUGUAUUCCAUUUUCAGGAACUGAAUAUUUGACUGUUAAUCCUUUUCCCAUAUGCCCAGCGUGACUCGGAGCAUGUCAGCUUGACAGACACGCCUCACCCAGACAUCACGUACGAACACACACACCUCUCCUGGUGGAACCCGACUCUGUGGGGAAGACACUAACGGUGUUCAUUUUACAACCUACUUUUCUUACCCUUUUAGACUUGAGUGUUUUGUAUGACACCAUCGCCAGAAACUUUAUCCCUUCAGAUGAAGUAUUUUAUUACUAAAAGAGAAAAACAAAAAAAGCUCAGAGUAUAAACCCUGGCUCAGGUGCACAGCCCAGCGGCCGCACUCCCGUCAGUGCUUCCGCCGGCGUCACGCUGCAGCGGGAGUCGGUGUGUCUACAGAUGGUCCCGGUCAAAACUCCAUCUUUUGAGCCCUAAUUCUGUCCAUUGUGUUAGAGACUAAAUCAGGGGUUUGUUCUAAAGAACAAUAUAUGUUUAGCAUUUCCUUUAACUCUAAGGACAACUGAUGAAGCAUUAACAUUUUCUGUACUAACCAUCAUGCGCACAAGAAAUACAUAGUAAAUAAGGAACCAGAAAACUCCUGGCAUCGGAUCAUAAGCAGCUUAGAUGAUUAGAAUGUGAACAAGAUUUUACAAAUGUAAAACUUUUAUUUCUCUGUAGAAACUUUCUUCACUUUGCUGUGCAAGAAGACACUGCUUUGCUAUAUUUAAAAUGGCUUUUUUAAAAGAGAUUUAUGUAUUUGGUAAUGUUUGUAGUCAACAGUUCACACAAGAAGCUGUACGCGGUUUGAUCACGCAAAACCGUUUGGCGGCACAAGCUGGACUUUGUUGCCAUCCUUGAGAUGAACCUUUUAAACAAAAUAAGUGAAUCUCAAUUUUUCCCUGAAUGUGUUGUUUUUUCUUCAUGAUACAAUAAAUACUAUAGUGAACUUUUUAUCAAA